AUCAGCAUGAUCAGAGGAUUGAAUUCAGUUUGGCAGGCACUUAUUGCUGGUUGCUUUACGUGGGGUGUAACUGCACUUGGAUCAUCUUUAGUAUUCGUGAUGAAACACCAGAAUCGCAAGUUACUUGAUCUCAGCUUGGGUUUUGCUGCUGGAGUCAUGACAGCGGCAUCAUUCUGGUCGUUGCUAGCUCCUGCCAUAGAAAUUUCGGAGAAGACAAUGGGAUCACUAGCAUUUCUUCCGGUGGCAGUUGGAUUUGCUGUUGGCGCUGCAUUUGUACAUUUUGCUGAUCGGAUGCUGCCCAGCUGUGUGAUGGGCGAUACGGUUGUCAUGGACUACUUGGCCCCGGCGAAAACUGAUACGCAAUUAUCACUCGUAACAGCUGCUAAUGGUUCUGAGAGCACAUCAGCGUCUCGGCCUUCUGAUGCUGAAGAAAUCGGUGAAGGGAGUGAUUCAACGGAAGCACGUGACAAGGAAACGAUGCGUCGUCUUGAAGAUGAGUAUCGGUCAUCAUGGAGGAGGAUCAUGCUUCUUAUUUUAGCUGUCACGGUGCACAACAUACCGGAGGGCCUUGCCGUUGGUGUGGGUUUCGGUUCCAUUGGAAAGACUGAGUCGGCUAAAUUUGAGACAGCAUUUAAUUUGGCAAUUGGUAUCGGACUUCAAAACUUUCCUGAAGGAUUGGCUGUUUCGUUACCAUUGGCAGCUUUUGGUCAUUCAAAGCUGAAGGCGUUUUGGUACGGUCAGUUGUCUGGAAUGGUGGAACCAAUCUCGGCUUUACUGGGAGCUGCAGCUAUCAUUUUGAUGGAGCCCUUACUACCGUAUGCAUUGGCUUUUGCUGCUGGAGCAAUGAUCUACGUUGUAGUUGACGACAUCAUACCAGAGGCACAACGGAGCGGAAAUGGAAAGCUUGCCUCAGUAGCGUGUAUCAUUGGCUUCCUAGUGAUGAUGUGCAUGGACGUUGGUCUGGGUGCAAUGCAGCUAAGCAGAGUUCUUCGAUUACCAAGAAAACCAUUCACAGAACUGGACUAUGCUCGUCACAUGCCGAAGGAAUAUGUUGAUAGGCUGAAAAGAGUCGUGCCAAAAAAAGUUUACAGUGGAAGAUUCGGAGCUCCUGAUAUUACUCGCUGGGUGAUCCAUCCAGAUGAUUAUGAGCCGAGUAAUCAGCGACCAUGGGUUAACGAUGAACUCUCGAAGUCAUUGGAAAGAGCUGAUCAAUACCACCAAGCAAUGAUCUCAAAUAAGUUUUUCAAACUACGCCGUUCGAAAGUUCGACGUAUGCCAGACGAAAAGUGGACUUUUCUGCCUGGAGAUCUUGUACAGGUGAUGGUUGGAAAAGAUAAAGGACGCCAAGGGACUGUAAUAUGGAAUGAGCAGCCGUUAAGCGUUGAGAAAGAGCAUGUAAAACUGGUGGAUCCUAACGACAACGAGCCCUGUGAAGCGAAAUGGGUGUUGAACGAUGCAGGGGAUGAGUACAUUCGUAUAUCGAUGCGAUCUGGUUUCGAAAUCCCAGUUCCAAGCCAAGCAAAGGUCACGUACGAGUAUCUGUUACCGGAUAAGUACAUCGAAGUUGAAGAGAAAGAUACACCAGCUGCAUUGGUACUGGAACGAACAUAUGUACCAAAGUUGACCUCGUUCGAAGACGAGAUAUGUGAGGAAGUUGGCAUCAAAGCGCAACCGCCACGGAAACCAACUUACUGGUAUUAG